AUGUCAGACAAAGGCUUAGUAACAUCUCAAAUUAAUAAAGUCAUGAAAGCGUUACAUCCAGAUGAAUCGGCUGAUACAUUUCGUACAUUAUUUCGUUGUAUUCAACAAUGGGCAUCAGCAGUUAAUAAUCAAGCGUACACCAUCUCACAUGUUAUGGCUGAUGGAUCACCUGCAUCACGGCUUAUGUUAUUAACAUGGUCAACAGAUGCUGAAUUAAAUGAUUUUAGUCAAUAUUUUCAACAAAACUGGGUAUCAUCGUUACCGUAUUGGUAUGAAGGAGUCGUUUCUUUAGCACCAUCAACAAAUAAUGGACUUAAUGGUAGAAUUAAAAAAGAUUACACAUUAAGAAAUCGUCUUUCAUUAUCUACAUUUUUGAAAACAGCUGAGCGAAUGCUAAUCGAUUGGUCAACAGAUAGUGGAAAAAAACCAUUUCAGUUACGUACUACAUAUAAAGAUCAUUUAAAAUUUGCUGCAUACACAUGGUUACAGCAAGUGCGUAGGGUCCAGACGCCAUUUUAUUUUAAAAUAGUCAUUUUUUAUUUCAUUUAUUAUGUUGCCGAUGGUGAUUAA